AUGACUGAAAAUGACAGCAGUGAAGACUUUAAAGAAAAUGUUGCUAUUGUGAUUGACUCUGGAUCAGGAUGUAUCAAAGCUGGAUAUUCUGGAGAUGAGAGACCAAGAGCUGUUUUAAGGUCAUCUGUGGGGGUGACCCGUCACGAGGAGACCAAAACCAGCGGAGAAGAUCAGGCUGAGUACUUAUUUGGCAGCGGCAUUCCAAGUAAGGACUCUGCGGAUGUAAUCAUUAAAAAGCCAAUCACUAAUGGAGUUGUAACUGACUGGGAAAGUCUUGAGAAGCUAUGGCAUCAUAUCCUGUAUAAAGACCUGCAGGCCUGCCCGAAGGAGCACGGUGUCCUCGUCACGGACUCUCCACUGUCUUCUGUAUCCAGCAGAGCAAAAAUAGCAGAGCUUCUCUUUGAGCAGUUUGAGACUCCAGCUUUGUACAUAAGCCACAAACCUGUGCUUUGUGCAUACUCCUAUGGACUCGUUUCUGGGCUUGUUGUGGACUCUGGGUCUGGCUCCACAUUCGUCUCUCCGGUCUGUAAUGGCUACUGUUUGCCUCAUGCCACCUUCCAGAUGGACUUGGCUGGCAGAGCCGUGACUAGCUGCUUACAGAAACUGAUGACCGGUGCUGGCUUCGGUUCAGUAGCCCAGCACAAGUUUAUCGUGCGCGAGAUUAAAAAACAAACUUGUUAUGUGUCGCCAGACUUUGAGAGGGAACUCAAAUCAGAUAAGCACGGCCAGCUGCUAGAUUACCAGCUUCCAGAUGGUUCUACCGUUACUUUGGGCGACGAGCGCUUCCGUUGUCCGGAGAUCCUUUUCUGUCCAUCCAUCGCAGGGGUGUCACAGCCUGGGAUUCACAUCACGGCUAUGAACAGUCUACAGAUGACCGCCCCAGAGUGGCACGCAACCUUGAUGGCUAACGUUGUGAUGAGUGGUGGCACAACGCUGCUUAAUGGCUUCCCUGAGCGCCUCCAAGCUGAGAUGGAGAAGUUGGCUCCCAGAGAUUCCAAAAUCAGGGUGCUGUCUGGAGAUCAUCGCGAGUUUGCCUCCUGGCUUGGUGGCUCCAUUCUCCCAUGCCUCAGUAGUUUUCAGCCCAUGUGGGUGAAGAGACAGGAUUACUUUGAGAAUGGGUCUUGCAUAGUCCAAAAGAAAUGUUAUUAG